CGUUCCCCGUCAUCGGUCCUGUCUGAUAAUUUGAAGAAACAGAGUAGUUGUAUCCAGGAGAUCAGACCAGGAGUCAAGGAGGAGGCACGCACCGUCGUCUCGUCUAUCUCUGAGUCGACGUGUGUAUAAAUCUCGAGACGGCCUCGCACACCACGAAUCCUCGCAAAGCAUAACCAAAAAGCCCGCAUUUAUUCUGCUUCCUCCCCAUCACCUUCUCUUCACUCCCAGGACACUGGCCACUCCCCCGGUCACCACAGCCAUCGAAACCACCACAAACACGCGCACGCGCAUGUGCAAGUUCGUCUCGCCAUCGUCGGCCAUGCACCCUCGCAACCAACUCCGCCGUGGGCGCGUCGCCGCCGGCGCCAUCGUCCUGCUCGGGAUCGUUCUCGGAGCCGCGUUCACGGGGGCGGACACGGGCACGUUCAUCUACGCGGGGUGCUCGCCGUCCAAGUACCAGCCGGGGACCCCCUACGAGGGCAACCUCAAGUCGCUGCUCGCCUCCAUCACCAGCGCGGCGCCCAACGCCGCGUACAGCAGCUUCGCCAACGGCACGGGCGACGGCGCCGCCGCGUACGGGCUCUACCAGUGCCGCGGCGACCUGGGCAACGCCGAGUGCGCGGCGUGCGUGCGGGACGCGCUGGCGCAGCUCAACCAGGUGUGCCCGGGCGCCUACGCGGCGUCGCUGCAGCUGGAGGGGUGCUACGUGCGCUACGACGGCGCCAACUUCGUGGGCCGCCCGGACACGGCCAUGGUGUACCGCAAGUGCAGCGCCAGCACCAGCGCCGACGCCGGGUUCCUCCGGGACCGGGACGCCGUGCUGGGCGCGCUGCAGGCCGCGCCCGACGGGUACAGGGUGGGCAGCUCCGGCAGCGUGCAGGGGGUCUCGCAGUGCCUCGGCGACCUGGCCGCCGCCGACUGCACGGCGUGCCUGGCGCAGGCCGUCGGGCAGCUCACGGGCGCCUGCGGCACGGCGCUCGCCGCCGACGUGCACCUGGCGCAGUGCUACGUCCGGUACUGGGCCAGCGGCUACUACUUCCGCCCGUCACAAGAUUAUUCGGAAGAUGACGUGGGCCGGACUCUGGCCAUAAUCAUAGGCAUCUUGGCAGGGCUGGCCCUCAUCGUGGUCUUCAUCUCCUUCCUCAAGAAAUCAUGUUAAUUAAUUUAGCUAUGUUGCCUCCUGAAAGAAACUUCAGUUCUCGCAUACUGGCAUGCGGGCCCGAUACCGAACAGACUUGCGAAAGACAGAUAAACACUAGCAUCAAGGGAGCUUCACAAAGAUCUUAAUCUCAUCUUGUCAGCAAUAGCUUAUGUAAGUGAUCUUGGUAGGGCUGGCUGUAGGAGGAUCACUACCUCACUACAAUGGGUCAUCUGUUUUGGUCCACUAAUCAUGGCUCACCUGUUCAUUAUUACCAAAUCAGAUGGCACCUUCUCAAAAGAAAAGAAAAAACAUGGCACUGUCAUGCAAAGACAUUCACACACUUUUGUUAUAAUAAUAGUAAUCAUUGCCUUUCAAUUGA